AUGGAUGCCUCCGCUCUCGAUCCUCGCCUGCGAGCCUCCGACGACAUCGCAUCAUCGUCGCCGACCACGUCUCCCACCGUAGCAGGGAACCACCAUCACGGCACCUCGGCUUUCCUUGCCACCGCGCAAGCUUCGACCGGAUCUCCUGUCGCUGCGACCGGUCACUUACAGCAGCAGCAGCAUCAUCCAGCGUCACACCCAACACCCUAUUCGACGACCUCUGCGGCGUUUACGCCGGAAACGCCCACCACGGCGACGCCUGGCACCGUAGCAGGCGUCACGUCGACCACCCAUAGCAACAAUCACAGCCAUGGCACUCCUCCCUCCGCCGUCUCCGGGCCCCAUGGCGAUGGCGAUGACACGCCAAUCGACCCUAAUGCGCCCCCCGGCACCGACCCGAAGAAGCCGCGUGCGUGCGAGGCCUGCCGCGGUCUGAAGGUGCGAUGCGAGCCCGACCCGACGAAUCCGGACGGGCCGUGCAAGCGCUGCGCAAAGGCCGGGCGGGAGUGCCUGAUUACCCAGCCGACCCGCAAGCGCCAGAAGAAGACGGACAGCAGGGUCGCCGAGCUCGAGAAGAAGAUCGAUGCGCUGACGGCGACGCUGAGCGCUACGCGCGGUGGUGGGGUGGCAGUUGGUGGUGGUGUUGGCGGGCCCGGCCAGCAGAGAGACGAGAUCGUCGCUCACGGCUUGUAUGGACGGCCUUCGAUGGACUGGGCCGGUGCGAACGUCGGUUCGAGGGACCACUCGGCUCCGGCGAAGCCGGCUCAGACCCAAUCGCCGUUCGGAGGGAUCGGCGACGGCAGACAGGCGGCAUAUGCACCCCCAAUGGUCCUUGCCGGCCAGAAGAGAAAACACACCGAGACGCGGGACAGUGCUUCUGAGGACGUCAGGGCCAGCCCGUCGAUGGCGACAUCUUCUCUUGGCCAGGAUACGAGGAAUCGCGAGUAUUCUGACGUCGUAGACCGCGGGGUCAUCACCAUGGAGAAGGCCGCUGAGCUGUUUGCGCGGUACAACGAGCAAAUGGUGCCUCACCUUCCGGGUGUUGUCUUCCCGGAGGGCACAUUGGUCAGUGAGAUCAGAAAGUCCAAACCACUCUUGUUCCUGGCGAUCAUGUCCGCUGCAUCGUCCGAGACUCCUAAUACGCAGCGCGUACUGGUGAAGGAACUGAUGCAAAUAUUUGCCGAGAAAAUUAUCAUGACAGGUGAGAAGAGCCUUGAGCUAGUGCAAGCUUUGCACGUCGCCGUCAUAUGGUAUUGGCCACCAGAGCACUUUGAGGAGCUCAAGUUCUAUCAGCUGGUGCAUAUAGCAGCUGUCAUGGCUAUUGAUAUAGGACUGGGGCGCAAGAAGCCAGGCAAGCACAGGAGAAAUAUUCCCUACGCAUGGCAAGAUCACCCCUUCAGGAAACACCCGCCGCCAGAUCCGACAAGCAUAGAGGCGAGGAGGUGCUGGUUGACAAGCUACUUCCUGACCGCAAAUACAUCAAUGGCACUGCACCGGCCGAAUCUAGUGACUUGGACAGCUUUCAUGACAGAAUGCAUGGAUGUUCUAGAGUCAUCACCCGAGGCUGCUCCGACGGACAAGUAUCUAUGCCAUCUUGUCUGGACGCAUAGGCUCUCCGAGGAAGUUGGCAUUCAGUUCGCCAUGGAUGAUCCCAACGUGUUCAUCAAUAUUGCGGAUGCCAGAACGCAAUACGCGUUGAGGGGUUUCGAGCGGGACUUGGAGAAAUAUCGUAACUCUGUUCCGAAGGACUUACAUCAGCCAUCCCUCGAACUAGGUUUCCAUGUGCUCAACCUGUAUAUGCAUGAGAUUGCUCUGCACGUAGAGGCUGGCAAUAACAAGCCUCAGACAUUGAUCACUGAAGCUCUUCGCGAAGGCUUCAUCAGUGACGGGCCCCUUACUCCUGCUCACAUCAAUGCCCUCUCUUGUUGUUUGACCGCAAUUGACGGCAUAUUUGAGACCUUCCUGUCUCUUGAUGUCGCAUCCAUCCGCUGUCUACCCGUCUUCAACUUGGUGCGGGUGGCUUACGCUACUGUCGUGUUGAUCAAGAUGUACUUCGCGGCCACCAGUCCAAACUCUGAGCUGGGCAAGGUCAUCAACAAGGACAACAUGAAAGUCGAGCAGCAUCUGGAGGGCCUGCUCGAGAAGUUCCGCGACACAGCUGCCGACGACAAGUCCCGACCGGCGGCGAAGUUCCUCGUCGUGCUAGUCAUGAUUCGCUCCUGGUUCCAGAAGCAGGGCUUCGGCAGCGGCGAUGCAAACAAGCUCCGCGAUGGCGGUGCCACACCCGGCUCGCAGUCCAGGGAGGCCGGGCCCAUCACGCCCGCGCCGCCGGAGUAUGCCGCCACGGCCAACACUCCACUGCAGCUACUCUCCGAGAUCGCGACGCACGACCAGGCCGCGGCGUCGAACGCUGCCAGCGCCAGCGCCAACCGGUCCGGGCGCGCGUCCAACCCGCCACUGCACUACAGCUUGACUCAAAUGCAGCCUUUCAUGUACGACUCGGCCGCCUCCGGCAGCUCCGGGGAGACGCCGAGCACGAUCGCCAACACGGGCACGACGCCCGUGCCUGGGACGGAUGCCCAGCAACAGUUCAACGGCCCCGUUGGCCCACCCAUGCCAUGGCUCAACAACAGCUUCAACUCGGACUUUGACUAUGCUAGCAUCAAUGGCCUCACGCAGGCUAUGGACCUGACGCUGGCGGGGCUGACGGACGGCGACGAUAUCGGAGGCUUUGACUACGGCAUGCGCUAUGUCAUGGGCGAUCCCAUUUUCGGGGGCCUUGUGAGUGAUAUACCCGGUGCGAACUUCAACUUCCAGCUCUGA